AGUUUUUGUUGGUCCAUCAUCAUUCCGCUGUUUUAUAACGCAGGAGGCGUGUUUAACUCCUGCUGCUGUGGAGCCGAAGACAUGCCGGACCGGAGCCGUUAAAACCCGGUUUAGACUUCCGUGCUAGUGUUAGCCCGGCUGCGGGUCCGAGCUGAAAAUGUCCCGGGUUCUGAUAGUCGGAGCGGGCCUGACAGGCAGCCUGUGCGCAUGUCUGCUGAGGAGAGAAAUGCAGAACAAAGUUCAGAUAGUGGUGUGGGACAAGGCGAGGGGCUCAGGUGGCAGGAUGUCCACCAGUCGUCCUCCUGACCCUUCGUCUCACUCAGCUGACCUUGGAGCUCAGUACAUCACGACCACACCGGCCUACGCUCAGUCACACCACAGUUUCUACUCUGAGCUGCUGUCCUCGGGCGUCCUGCAGCCUCUCGACUGUCUGGUUGAGGGACUGAAGCAGCGGGACGGCAGCAGGGACUACAUGACGCCACUGGGCAUGUGCAGUGUGGUCAAACACUUCCUGUCCGAGUCAGGAGCUGAUUUGUUCUUCGAGCAUCAUGUGACCGGCCUGUACCGCCGCGGUGCAUCAUGGGAGGUCCGGAGGAAGGCGGGAGGCAGCGAGACGUUUGACGCCGUCGUCCUGACGAUGCCGGUCCCUCAGAUUCUGCAGCUGCAGGGAGACGUGGGACACAUGCUGUCUGUCCAGCAGAAGCAGCAGUUAGACGGGGUCGUGUACUCUUCUCGUUUUGCCGUCGCUCUCUUCUUCCCUCCAGACGUGGUCUUCAGUUUUCCCUGGGCGGCUCGAUACGUCCCUGACAACCCCUGCAUCCGCUACAUCGCUGCAGACUCCCGCAAACGCAACGCAGACGCUCCCGGCCGCGGUCCGUCCCUCGUCGUCCACACCAGCGUCCCGUUCGGCCUGAAGCACCUGGAGGAAGACAAGGAGGACGUCCAGCCAAUCAUCUUACAGGAACUCCACAAGCUGCUUCCUGGUCUGCCUCAGCCAAUCAGCAUCAAGUGUCAGAAGUGGAGGUACUCCCAGGUGCUGACCUCGGUGCCGGACUGUCCGGGUCAGAUGACCGUCCUCGACUGCCCGCCGCUCGUCUGCGGCGGCGACGCCUUCAGCCACUCCAACUUCGACGGCUGCGUGGAGUCUGCACUGAGCAUGCUCCGUGUGCUGAAGGCCUCGCUGUGACGCCGCCGGCAGGACAGGAAGUGACUCACUGUGGACGGGUCAAUAAUCAAUACGAGUCGUCAGUUAACUAAAAGAGUUAAUACACUAACAGUUCAUGAAGUGAUUAAUUAUAUUUACAUAGAAAUGUUUCAGUAGUUGAUUGUAUUUCAGUGUUUCGUCUUUAAAUAAAUGAAUAAUUUCGUGUGUUUAAACUGCAGCUGAGCUUAAAUCACCCAAGUAGAGAAGGCUGAGGCUUAACUUACCUGCGGGCUAACUUAGACCUGGUUUACCUGCCGGUUAACGUCUUCAGCUCAAGUCUUCGAGCGUGUGCGCUCUUAUGAGAACAACUCAAAGGUCGCACAAUCACUUUUGAUUAUGUGACACACUGAAGAGAUCAGUUCAGUGUAUGAACUAAUGCAGCAACAUGAGGCCAGUGUGUCGCACCUGUCAGCUGUUCACUCACCUGAGGAUGUUAAGAAGACAGGUUCCUAUAUAUUCCCUGUUGUACGUACAGACGGGCGCCAUGUUAGAGUCUGAGGAGCUCUGCUGGAGGACGAGCGCCUCCUCACACGAUGCUCCCUCAGUUAUAUAUCCAGCCUUUAUUAAGCAGCUCGUCUCUGAGGUCAGACACACCUGAGUGCAGCAGGUAGAGACACCAGCUGAAGGACAGACGGCAGCAGAGACAGACGUCCCCACGCAGAUCUGAAGGUUUAUAUUAAACCAUCUGGUCUGAUGGAGACGCUGCUGCAGAGCGCUGUCUGACACCUGAAACCUUCCACAGGUGUGACGCCGGGCCGGGGUCAGGUGACCGAUCCUCAGGGAGCGCUGCUGCACCGAGGCAGCCGGUGUUUCUGUUAUUCAGCCUUUCCUGUAGUUUGUCCCGUCUGUGUGUGCUGAGGUUGUAGUUGACGGAUGCUGAAUAAAAGUCAAACGGACGAGUGAA